UGUCUACGAGCCAGAUAGAAACGUGCUGCGAAGGAAAGAAUGGGAAAAGAGAAAUCAGGAGGCCCAGCAGGAGGAUGGUGCAUUUAACACAAGUUACUCCCUCUUCAGUGAACCGUACAAGACUAACAAGGGGGAUGAGCUCUCGAAUCGCAUCCAGAAUACGCUGGGCAACUAUGAUGAAAUGAAAGACUUGUUAACUGACCGAUCAAACCAGAGCCACCUUGUUGGGGUUCCAAAACCUGGGGUUCCUCAGACGUCUCUCCCCAAGCCCGAUGAACAUCUUAUUGCAGACUCAAGACCACCGCCUCCUCCUCCCAUUUCCAGCACUACUUCUUCCACACCAGCAUCCCUAUCUGCCCAGCAGAGCAAAAGUGCCGCGAUGAGUUGGCAGAAGGCUGGGCACAAUGCCACUUCAGAUGGCCAGCAGAGAGUGAGCAAGCACGGGCACCGGUCGCUGGAGUCACACAAGGGUGACUUCAAACUGGCCAACCAAAAAUCCAGUCUGGAGAAACUAAAACGCUAUGCAUCGAGUCCCACCUCUUCCUCCUCCUCCUCCUCCUCCAACACUGCCCAGCAAAGCUCACUGAGGGCCACACUCGGAGACAACGUCAACAGAGUGCAGCCUCCGGAAAAGCUAAAUUGUAGCUCGGAAGGAGGAGCUCAAGCGCAAGAGAGGCCAGGAAAGCAUGGUGGCGGGCACUGCGUCCAAAACUUCCCGCCCUCUCUUGCUUCGAAGCCCAGUCUGGUUCAGCAGAAACCGACAGCUUAUGUAAGGCCAAUGGAUGGUCAAGACCAGGCUCCUGAUGAGUCUCCAAAGCUGAAGUUAGCAGCAGAGACAACCAAGUCGUACAGGGGAGUGCCUUCUAACAAGCCUGAUUCGGCCAGGACCAAGUCAAAGAUAGCCAAGUUCAGCAUUCCUAAGCAAGAAGAG